AAUGUCCAGCUGUGAUAAUCACAAUAUAGAGAACUCACCUUCAACACAACCACAACUCGACCAGUCUCUUCGGGCCAAUACAGCGCUACCUCCCUAAAGCGUCCUAGCCAAGAUGAACAACAACCCUUCAGCCGCAAGCGACUCAUGUAUCGACAUCUUUGCCUCCAUGAGCGGAGAGUACUUCGAAAUGGUAAGGGAGGGGAUGGUACCCCUGCCUAUUUCCAUGUUGGCGCCUAGUGUGGAGAUCUUCUAUUACAUAGUUUCGUGCGAUACUCAAUGGUUCCAGUUGAUGAUCCGCGUGGCACCAGGAAAGCUUGACAUCGACCCAGCCGCUUUGUGGUGGCUGGCAGGGCAUGCGAACAACACCAUGUACCUCUGCGGUGCGGCCGGGAUCCUCAAAAGCAAGAAAGCCUGUGGACCGCGAGGGUUGCAAGAAGAUCUGCGGACGAGAUUCGAGGACCAGGACGUUAUUCGGGUGGCGGAGAAGUUGAGGUGGGUGGGGGAUGGGAAUCUUUGGCUCCAUUACCGUCACUUCCCGGGCCCAGUGGCUAAGUCGGGAUUGAAGCUCGUUAAGGUGGAUGAGAGGCCGCAGAGACAUGAAGAUCGAGACAAGCUCUAGAGACUAUUGCGUUGAUGAUGGGAUGACUGUGGCAUGCUGGGUUAUCAAGGUGUGCCUGAAGGUUCAGCCAGAGUUUUACCUAAUCUUGCUUUUGAUCCCUUAGAAAUGCUUUCGUCGGUGAAUCCUCUCACUCAGGUGGAGGGAACCGUGAGCCGGGGGGACCGAUGUGAUGUGGGAUGGCAACGCCGGGAGACUCCAGACAUGUACCUGUGGUGCAUGGUGUUCAUUCUCAUACCUCGCACCUGAUGCACUUUGCUCUGGCACCAAUCAAUCCUGCAGAUGGCAAAAGAUCGCAGUCCCGCGGCGACCACCUUCAAACCUCGAGUUGGUGAUGACGAGUUGCAGUUUGAAC